AUGCUCGGCAAAGGCAGCAAUAACGAGGACGAUGUCGAAAAGACUCCUACCCGUGUCAAGCAGAAGGAGGUCCCGCAGGCCAAGACCCCGGAGCAGCUCAAGAAGGGGAAGAAGCACGGCACCACCAAGGCAAGCCCUCUCAGCGCCAACAAGCCCCCUCCCUCAUCACCCUUGGUUGCCCCGGCCACCGACCUCGACAAGACCAUGGGUUCCAACAAAGCUGUCAAGGGCUCAAACAACGAGAACGACGCUUGGAGCAUCGAUAUUGCUGGUGACGUUAACACGGACCCCAACGUCACCCUCCCCAUUCCCAAGACGGAGCUCCUGAGCUUCGUUCAAACACUGUCGCUUGCAUCCCAUCACGAAAGUGCUUGUGAUUGCUAUGCCAACUCCCUCACCAAGUUUCUGACCGCUCUCGACACCUUGCGCGUUGUGGAGACUCCCUCCAUGUGGGCUGCAACCUUCUUCAUCUGCGAAAACAUUCCUCAUGGUAACUGUCCCAUCCUCGAGGCUCUCGUUCCACGCAAGUUGGUCGUUCGCAAUGUCACCGGCAACCACCUUCCCGUGUCGCCCGGAUGGAGCGUGCCCCGCGAGACUGAAGAGGUUGUCCUGUUCCUCUCCACGGUGAUGGACCGUCUCGGCAAGGGCGUCGACGGACCCAAAGACCUCAUCGACUCGUAUCAAGGCCAGUUUUCCACUGUCAAAAAGUUCAAGAUAGUGUUCUGGCCCGACCUGGACAUGACCGAGGUUAACCACCGCCCUGACAGCCAACGCAUAUUGGGACCAAUGGAAGCAGAGGCCGUGCACCGCGAGAAGCCCAUCUAUGCGGACCACAUUGCGAGGAUUCUGCGGGUUUUGACAUACGGUGUCCCUCGCUUAAACUCAGAGUCUCGCCCUCUGGUCACUGUUUACGGCUUUGGCCAACUGCACCUCAUCGGCUUCGACCACUCCACCCUCGUGCGCAGGUACAAGACGCGUAACCCCAACCUCGCGACGUACGACCUCGCCACGAUCGUCAAGCAGAACGCGUCUAUGGCACACCCAUACUUGGCCGACCCACGCCCCUUUAUGGUCCCCUGCGAGGUUCAGUGGCGCACUAUUGACAGCUACAAGAGGAACAUCGACGACCGCAAGGCCAAGGUCAGCGAGUUCGACUAA